UGGCGGGAGUUUUUGUAAACAAUUAUUUAUUGUCGUCUGUUUUGACUUUAGAUUAAAACGUUCAGAAACAUGUUCGAACCACCACGCUGUCGUGCGUUUCACUUUUGAUGCUAAGCAAAUCUAAGAGAAAAACUGAGGCACUGACGUCAUUGAACACUGCCGGGAAUUUGAUAAUACAAAAACAGCAAGAUCAGAGACAGGCGUAAUGUCGCAGGCAUCGUUUCUGGAGGCUGUUGUGGCAUGGAAUGAGACCCAGUGUCGACAGAAUCUGGCAGAGGCUCUCCCCAAGCUUAUUUCACAUCUGCAAGAAACCUCUGCUCUUCAAGAAGAAUUAGGAAUUCUGAAGAUCAUCUGUCUCUCCUUCCUUCCCUGGGUUGAAGUGGGUAAUGCAGAGAGAGCUGUAUUUUCACAUAUUGCAGCAAAGAGUUGUGAAAUUGUGGACAGAGUUAGGGAAGAGUUGGGGAGCGUAUCCAAGCAGUCUGAGUACCAACAACAAAUACAGGAACUGCUCGAGGCAUGGUCUGAACUACUGGAAUGUUUCUGUAUGUGUGUGAGGUAUGCCACUGAUCAGACCCCCAACAGCGUUGGUGACAUUCAUUCCCUGCCGUAUGGAGCUGUACACUUGCUUAAAGGCACUUACUCUCAUUGCAAGGAUAGCAGUGAGAUUUAUGGAGACAUUCUGGCUAAUGUUACAGAACCAUUGUCAACCUUGUUUAAGAAAGCACACUACUUGCAGCAGGGUUUUAUUGGGCUGAUGGAGAAUGGUGUGGUGGACAGUGGCUCCUCAGAACAGGAUGUACAGGAUGUGGCAUUUGUGGUCAGUGGAUUGUUUGAAGUUUGUCAAGUAGUGACCAGCCUGGAUGUUAAGUUAGUGGUCAGCCUAUGGAAGUCCAUCUCCAGGCUGUCUGGGAAACAUAAACAGGUACUUGGAGACAGGUUGGAUGUUGAUGUCAUGGUAACACAUCUCUGUGUUGAGAUUGGGAAAGGCCACAUCAACAUGCUUCAGCUAGCCCCACCCCCUCAGAACAGAGGGGCACUGAGUCUAAGCCAGUGUGACAGUGCAGCAUUUCAGAAGUCGUUGAAGGUUGUUGGCUAUCAUCUACGUGUGGUCAUCUCCCUACUGGACAACUAUGUUAACCAUCUGUCCACCUGUGUACCCCAUGUAGUUAGGCUCAUAAUCAACAUCUGCAGAGGCCUCCAUCCAACCCUUGAUCCAUUGAGCAUAUCGGAAGGCUGUAAAGAAGACCUCAAGAGACACCUGGUCAAUGGAAUAGAGCCUCUGGUCAAUCUACUAGUGACCAACAGGACAUUUGUCAACUGUGUGCUGAAAUGGAAAGAAGAUUUGGUUACGGAUGAUUCAAUGCCUUACACUUUGCUGUUGGUGAAAGUCCUUGACAGUUUGCCUAAACAUGGAGAUGGGGAAUACAGUGGCUGGAUGAAGCUUCAUUCAGACAAGGAGGAGACCACCAAUGUUGUCCAGGUCUUAUUCACACAAUUGGAAAAAUGCCAUGUUGAGCUGAGUACAGGGCUUAGCGUACCAGGCAAUAGGGAUUUGCCCCUGUACGAGUUCAUAUGUACACAUGUAUGUGGAUUUGUGGGAAGUUUGCCUGCCAGAUUUUUUCCAGUUCUGGAGGAGUGCCUUUUGGAUCAUCUAUUUUCUGGCUUUCCUCAAAUAGCAAGACUUGCAGUGGAUGUAUGGUGCUUCCUAGCUAGGUACGGCUCAGCAGACCUAUGCUAUCAACACGCAACUUUCUUGAUGAAUCUAUUGUCAUCGGUACCAGAACAUGCAGAUCUUUCAAUGGACUGGAGCAAUGUUGUCAGUCUUACAAGGAGGCUUAUUAAGUUUCUCGCACCAGACCAUCAGACGAAACUGCUUGGCCAAUUUCCCAUGGAUGCAUUUCCUCAAUUGUGGUGCAAUGUUUUCAUCCCCAUUCUUCACAACCAUGCUGACAAAAAUAUGCUGGAUUCUGCCAUUCAUUCAGCCUGCCAGGGGAUCUCAGGUUUUUUGGACAAGGGCCAGAACACGUACAGUGAUCUUCUAUUGCUGCACACUCAGUUGAAUCUCUUGUCCAAACUUCUUGCUCAUUGCAAUGAAAAGGUGCAUUUACCAGUCACCAUCGAAACUGUCAGUCAUCUCUGGUUGUCAUGGGAACCUGAAAUGAUACAGGAGGCAGUUUGCAUUCAGUGUUUGAUAAAGAUGACAGAGUCAGCUGCUUCAGUUGUUGUAAUCCUAGAAAACAGUGUUAUUUUGAAGAUCCUAGAGUUGCUGACUGCAUGUACCAAAGAAGGCAAUGUGAAAAUGAAAGCCCACACAUGUAGAUUUCUGCAGUCAUGUAGGAAGAAAACAUUUGAACCAGAUUCUAAGCAGCCACAAGUACUCAGCCUGCUGGCAAACCUGUUCCACUCCCUGCUGACUGAUAACGACCCUGCCAUCAAGUACCUAGCCCUACAAGCCUUUACACAGUUUGCUGAGACCACUCCCCAUGAAGGCCUGGUACCGGAAUGUUUAGCGGAUGAACAGGCCUUACAGGACAACGUUGUGGCAUUUCUUAGCAAGACAAACAACAUUCCAUCAUCAUACACAGAAAGGGAUUUUCUACAACUUCAACAAUAUACAUUAGACCAACUAAGUAACAGAUCUAUCACCAUUGAGGAGACCGAAGUUGCUUCUAGGAAAAAUGUUCAAAGUUCUAACCGUGACAUGUUGGAUGAUAUUUCAAGCAAUCUUCUGAAUGAACAGCCUUCCUCUAAACGGAAACGGUGUGAGGAAACACCAGUAGAUGAUGAAGCGACUACAGCUAUUGAUGGCCUUGACAAUGCAGUGAAAGUGCUUGAAAAACUCGUGCAGGAUGAGACAUUUACUAGCAGUGAUUCAAGACAAACAUACAUACAGAGACUUAAACAUAUGCAUUGUAGAUUGAAUGGUGUUAUUGAUAAAUGGGAAUAGUCAUUAAUGUAAUAUUUAUUGGAUAACUGACUUUUAAGUAUCAUUAUUCCAUAUACAGUGAUUCUGCAUUUUCAUGUUAUUAUGAAAAUAAAUUUCGGCCUUGAGUCAAAAGCUCAUUUAUAACAUUUAGUAAUGAUUGCUAUGUAAAAGGGCUUUUUGUCGCAUGUGAAGUAUGGCAGACUUGGAAAUUACUAUGUCCAGGGUCAUUCUGUGUCAUUAUCACCCAGCACUAGAAAAUGGACGACAUAUCCGACUCCCACAAUUUUACUUUUAAAUGAUCACUGAAUUUUUUUCAUGUAUGUUUUUCUGUGUUUAAAAUUCUUAGUAUUUCAACCCCACAAACAAGUUCUAGGUGCAUUGUAUGUGUAUAUGGAGAUAUUAAAGUGACAUCAAUACAUAAACAUGUAUAACAAACAUCAAUUUUGACUGAUAAACCUUUAACUACUUACUAAAUAUUACAUUGAUGGAAAAUAUUAAUUACUGAUAACAAGAUUGUAGCCGUGUAUUUAAUAGCAGAAAGCGCAAAAAUAUUAAAUGAUUGG